AUGCUGGACUUGAUAAUUACAAGGGCAAACGAGUAUACUGUUUUGAACUGUAAGGUUGAGGACCCUGACCUAUCUGAUCACUUUGUGGUACACUGCGUUUUGACAUUGGAUAAGCCCACUGCUCGUAGAGUCGAAAAGACCUAUCCAAAACUGCGUAGUGUAGAUAUGGACGCUUUAUGGAGAGAUCUGACAAGUUUACCUGUCUUCACCUCCCCGGCUACAAAUGUAACUGAUUUAUUAGCACAGUAUCAAAAUGAUCUUGAUGGUUUGCUUGAAAUCCAUGCGCCCCUAAAAAGAGGCCUUCCACGCCAUGGUAUGAUAAUGAAGUUGUACAAAGCAUGA